UGACGCUGGCGUGUAAGAGGGACCUUGAGCGUGAGGGUGACUCCAGGAGUGUGGGAGACCUUGAGUGUAAGACUGAGCGUGGGAGAAAGACUCCGUGUGUGUGAGAGAGACUCCGAGUCUGAGGGUGACUGUGAGUGUGCAAGACCGGGUGUGAGAUGACGCUGAGAGUAUGGGAGAAACCUUGUAAGGGAGACUCUGUUUGAGUAUGUGUGUGUGAGAGAGAGAGGGACAGAGAAACAGACAUCCUGGACUAGAAGGAGGCUGCAUGUGGGUGAAACCCUGAUUCUGAGGGUGAGUCUGUGAGUGUGUAAGACCCUGAGUGUGAAGGUGGUGCUGUUAGUGUGAGGGAGACUCUGUGUGUAUGUGAGAGACCUCGGGUGUGAGGGUGAGUCCAUGUGUGAGAGAGACUGAGAGUGUGAGAAAGACUGAGAGGGAGAUUGUGAGUGUGAGGGAGACUGUGUGAGAGUGGCCCUAAGUGUGACACUGAAUGUGUGAGAGGGACUGUUUGAGAUAUGCAAGUGUGAGUCUCUGAAGGUAAGAACGAGAAGCUGUGCUGUGUGUAAGAGACUCUGAAAGUGAGGAAGGGCUGAGGGGGCGAGACUUGGAGGACGUGACCGCAAGAACAGAGCUUCUUGGGGAUGCUGAUGAUGGGCUCGUGUUGGGGCUUGGGAGUGCUGGCCUUUGGAGCUAGAGAAUGACCACAGUAAACACAGGUGUGAAGGAACCAUUCGCCAUGGAAACCAACGAGCUGGAGGGCCCCACUGCCAACUACCAUCUCAUUCCUGGAGCCAGCCAGCCCAAGGAGGAAGAUGUCAGCAUGCUACCUCAAGGGACUGCAGAAACUAUGCAGCUGAAGAAGGAGAUUUCUCUGCUGAAUGGGGUCAGCCUGGUGGUGGGCAACAUGAUCGGCUCAGGAAUCUUUGUCUCACCCAAGGGUGUGCUGGUAUACACUGCCUCCUACGGGUUGUCGCUGGUCGUAUGGGCCAUUGGUGGGCUCUUCUCUGUUGUGGGUGCCCUUUGCUAUGCGGAGCUGGGGACCACCAUCACCAAAUCUGGGGCCAGCUAUGCUUAUAUUCUAGAGGCCUUUGGGGGCUUCAUUGCCUUCAUCCGCCUGUGGGCCUCCCUGCUAAUCGUUGAGCCCACCAGUCAGGCCAUCAUCGCCAUCACUUUUGCCAACUACAUCAUCCAGCCCUUCUUCCCUACCUGUGAUCCCCCAUACCUGGCCUGCCGUCUCCUCGCUGCUGCUUGCAUAUGUUUGCUGACAUUUGUGAACUGUGCCUAUGUCAAGUGGGGCACACGUGUGCAGGACACGUUCACUUACGCCAAGGUCCUAGCGCUCAUUGCCAUCAUUGUCAUGGGCCUUGUUAAACUGUGCCAGGGACACUCUGAGCACUUUCAGGACGCCUUUCAGGGUUCCUCCUGGGACAUGGGAGACCUCUCUCUCGCCCUCUACUCUGCCCUCUUCUCUUACUCAGGUUGGGACACCCUUAAUUUUGUAACAGAAGAAAUCAAAAACCCAGAAAGAAAUUUGCCCCUGGCCAUUGGGAUUUCUAUGCCAAUUGUGACGCUCAUCUACAUCCUGACCAACGUGGCCUAUUACACAGUGCUGAGCAUUUCAGAUGUCCUUGGCAGUGAUGCUGUGGCUGUGACAUUUGCUGACCGGACAUUUGGCAUGUUCAGCUGGACCAUUCCCAUUGCCGUUGCUCUGUCCUGCUUUGGGGGCCUCAAUGCGUCUAUCUUUGCUUCAUCAAGGUUGUUCUUUGUGGGGUCUCGUGAGGGCCAUCUUCCGGACCUUCUGUCUAUGAUCCACAUUGAGCGUUUUACACCCAUCCCUGCUUUAUUGUUCAAUUGCACCAUGACACUCAUCUACCUCACUGUGGAGGAUGUUUUCCUGCUCAUCAACUACUUCAGCUUCAGCUACUGGUUCUUUGUGGGCCUGUCUAUUGCUGGACAGCUCUAUCUUCGCUGGAAGGAGCCCAAGCGGCCCCGGCCUCUCAAGCUGAGCCUGUUUUUUCCCAUCGUUUUCUGCAUAUGCUCCUUGUUUCUGGUGAUUGUGCCCCUCUUCAGUGAUACCAUCAAUUCUGUCAUUGGCAUCGGGAUCGCCCUCUCUGGGGUCCCCGUCUACUUCCUGGGUGUUUACCUGCCAGUCUCCCGGAGGCCACUCUUUAUUCGGAAUGUCCUGGCUGCUAUCACCAAAGUCACACAGCAGCUUUGCUUUUGUGUCCUGACUGAGCUGGACGUUGCUGAAGAGAACAAGGUUGAGAGAAAAACUGACUAGAGGCCAGAGGUGAUGUACCUGAGGCCUGGAAGGUUGGCUACCUGUGGCCACCGCCACCAAAGUCCAGAUGACAAGACUGUAUGGGCCCAACCCUCUUGUACUAAAGGAGCCUUUUGGCCCACAUUAUGUAAGGGGGCUCAGGGCUGAUGGCCUGCUCAGGUAGUUACUCUCACUGGUAAGCUAUGGGAGGAGACUCAGGGUCUCGGAGCAGCCUGAAGGUGGGGAACUUCAAAAAGUGAUGGUGGGGAGGGCUCCGGGAGCAGGGGAAUGGUUGUUCUGGGUGGAUACAUGCAGCCCUUACAAACACUAAGUUGGUGAGUUUCACUGUGGGGAGGGGAAGUGCUAGGUUAAUAGCUGUGGCUGAUGGUUUCUGAAUUUGAUAUUUGAGGUUUGAACCAGGAGUCUCUACAGAGGGGCUGCUGUAUGGGAUGUUUUCCCCUGACCAGGUCCAAGCACCUGACUUGAGAGGCCUGGAAUGCUACCAUUUAUUUCUCUGGCUCAAAAUCCUUCCCUGGGGAGAGGGCUGUAUUCCAUUACUUACUGACAUUAUUUAAUCCAGAACACCAGUUCUAUCAAAGCAUUGAUGUUCAUUUAUCUACAAGAUGCAGUAGGCUGAUUGUGUUUAAAAAUUCAAAGUACCCCAAACCAAGUCCCUCUGCCCUUAGAGGUGGUGGUGGGUCAGACUCUGACCACAAAUUUUACUCAGUUUUAGCACAAUCUUCUGUUGAAUC